AUGAUUAAGUGGGCCAGUGCAUGCCUAAGCAGAUGGUUGGGUGUACCAAGAAGUUUCAGCAGCAUUGGAUUGUACAGCACAGGAACAAAGUUACAAUUACCAAUGAAGGCUUUGACAGAAGAGUAUAAAGUUACAAAGACAAGACAGGUUAUGACGUUGAGAGACAGCAAAGAUGCUAAAGUGAGAGGAGCCAAAGAAAAGAUCCGGACAGGAAGAAAAUGGAAAGCAGAGGAAGCAGUUAAGGAAGCUGAGACUAGACUAAAGCAUAGUGUCAUCGCUGGUGUAACAGCAGUUGGUAGACAGGAAUUUGGUAUGACAACAAAACCAAGGUGGGAUACAGCAAAUGAGAAGGGACGGAGGGAACUGGUGCAACAGGAAAUACGACAGAUGGAAGAAGAGAGUAGGAAUGUUAAGGCAGUAGGAAUGAAACAGCAGGGUAGUUGGUUGAAUUGGCAAGGAGCUAGAAGCAGAGCUUUGACCUGGAGCGAGAUUUGGAGUAUGGAGGGAUACAGAUUGAGUUUUCUCCUAAGAUCAGUGUAUGAUGUUUUACCAAGCCCAUCAAACCUCUAUACCUGGGGGUUGAUAGAAGACGCAACAUGCACCUUAUGCAAAGACAAACCAGCAUCUCUACAGCAUGCGUUUUCAGCAUGUCCAGUCGCAUUGACAGAUGGAAGAUAUACAUGGAGGCAUGACAGUGUAUUGAAAACAAUAGCAGCAAAGUUGGAUACCACCAGGAGAAAGAAGAGAAAGAUACAAAAGAACAUCACAUUUGUAAAUUUUGUUAGGGCUGGAGAAAAGAAAGACAACCAGGCAGAAGGUUUAGGGAUAGUUGGAACAGCAUCAGACUGGCAGAUGUCAGCAGACAUACAUCAACGCAUGAGUUUCCCAGCAGAAAUAGCAGCAACAUCGCUAAGACCAGCUAUAGUCAUUUGGUCACAGGGAACUAGGCAGGCGGUCUUGCUGGAACUGACAGUCCCAUGGGAAGACAGAAUAGAGGAAGCUUAUGAAAGAAAGAUGGCAAAAUACCAGCAGCUAGUAGAGGAUUGCAAACAGCGGGGAUGGAGGACGUGGUGUUUGGCAAUAGAAGUCGGAUGCAGGGGCUUUGCAGGACAGUCAAUGUGGCGGGCACUUAGGACCUUGGGAGUGGUAGGAACAGAGAGGAAGAAACUGAUUACAGAAGUGUGUAGAGAAGCAGAAGUGGCAUCAUAG